GACCUCUGCAGCCCACCAAAACCAUAUGCAUCGAAUAUUAAACAAAUCUUACAUUUUUAAUCAAACGUCUUCCAAAGUCAACUCUCUCUCUCCUCAUUUAUCUCCUCCUCCUCAUCUCUCUCUCUCUCUCUCAACUCAGGUUACCAACUCAUGAAUUUUCAACUCUUUCGACUCCGACCCUUUUGAUCUCUAUUUUGGCUCUUGAACGCAAAAGGGAACAGAUUGAGUCUCUUCUUUUGAGUUUCUGUAAAAGAUGGGGAAUGGAAUAGGAAAGAUGAGUCUAUGCUUCGCGGGAGACGCCGGGGAGAUUUCCCGGCGAAGGAACGACAUCGCAGUUUGUUUAUCGGAUCCUCUUGAUGAGGGAUUGGGCCACUCUUUCUGCUACAUACGACCCGACCCACUUCACAAGACUCAAUCGCUGGAAGAUUCUUUCGCCGCCCCACAAACGACGGCUUUUAGGACCAUCUCCGGCGCCUCCAUCUCCGCCAACACCUCCACGCCUCUCUCCACUGACCCUUUUGCUUACAAUAGCUCAGCUUUAAUCGACAAGGCUUCAGCUUUUGAAAGCUCCAAUUUUUUCUCCUCUAUUCCCCUCCAACCAAUUCCUAGGAACUCUAUCUCCACAGUUAAAUCCGGCCCGAUUUUAAGGAGUUCUGUCCCGGGAUCAGGACCAAUCGAGCGAGGGUUCUUGUCCGGUCCGAUUGAACGGAGCUUCAUAUCUGGGCCACUGGAGAAUCAGUUUGAUCAGUUGCAGAGGUACAGACCUAAAUCCAAGAAAUGGGCUUUGGUUAAAAAUUUGAAAAAAGUGAUGUCAAAAUCUUUCUGGGGUUUUUCUAAAGAGUUGAGGAUUAGUGAUAACGAGCAUAAUAACGUUGUUGUGAGUGGGAGUAACAGUGGAAACAGUAGUACUGUUACCAGUCAUAAUUUGAGUAGUGACAUGAGUUUAAUUUAUGAGAAUGAUGAUGUUGGGAAUGAAUCUUUUGGAAGUCAAAAUGUGCAGUGGGCACAGGGGAAAGCUGGUGAGGAUAGAGUGCAUAUUGUGAUAUCUGAGGAACAUGGAUGGAUUUUUGUUGGGAUUUAUGAUGGAUUUAACGGCCCUGAUGCUACUGAUUUUCUGUUGAAUAAUCUCUAUUCCAAUGUUUACAAGGAGCUUAAAGGGUUGUUGUGGUGUGAUAAGGGCGGUUCCUGCGAAAAUACGAUUGAUGCUUCUUUUAUCUCAAAGAGUUUGGAUAGUAAAGAAAGGGUAGAACUUGACAGGAAGUUGAGGGAGAAAUUGAGCAAUUUGGGACCUGAUGGGGUUGCAGGUAAUAAUACUAUGACCGUUAAUCAUUUGGGAGUUUUGAAAGCGUUGUCUGAAGCAUUGAGGAAGACUGAAGUAUCGUAUUUGGAGAUAACUGAUAUGAUGUUAAUGGAGAAUCCCGAGUUGGCCUUGAUGGGAUCUUGUGUUCUGGCGAUGGUGAUGAAAGGUGAUGAUGUUUAUCUGAUGAAUGUUGGGGAUAGUAGGGGUGUUUUAGCUCAAAAGGUUGAGAAUGAUGCUCAAAUUGAAAGGAUGAAGAAGGACUAUGAAGAAUCAUCACUCUAUGGUUAUGAAUAUGAGAACGUGCAUAAUUUGAGUUCUUGUCAGCUCACAAUGGAUCAUAGUACAUCAGUUAAGGAGGAACUAAGGAGGAUUAGGAAUGCUCAUCCAGAUGAUGCUUCUGCAGUUAUCAACGACAGAGUGAAAGGUUCUCUGAAGGUCACUCGGGCAUUUGGAGCUGGCUUUCUCAAACAGCCCAAAUGGAACAAUGCACUUCUUGAAAUGUUCAGAAUUGACUACAUUGGAACUGCACCCUACAUUACAUGCUCGCCGUCUCUUUGCCACCACAGACUUGACCCCAAGGACAAGUUCUUGAUCUUGUCUUCGGAUGGCCUCUACCAGUACUUCACCAAUCAAGAGGCCGUUUCAGAAGUUGAAACAUUCAUGUCAACAUUCCCUGAGGGAGAUCCAGCCCAACAUCUUGUUGAAGAAGUUCUAUUCCGUGCUGCCAAGAAAGCUGGUAUGGAUUUCCAUGAGUUGCUCGAUAUCCCUCAAGGUGAUCGACGAAGGUACCAUGACGAUGUCUCGAUCAUCAUUAUAUCUUUCGAAGGAAGGAUAUGGCGUUCAUCGGUGUAACUAGCAUUAGGAUUAGAGAUACAAGUAGGAAUACAGACAGAAAAUUUACAAGAAAGUUCCAAGGGUUUAUAUACUUAUAGCAUACCAAUAACUAGGUUAUAUCUUGAGAGUUUCGAUAUAGAGCUGUGUGUGUGGACCAGUUGGUGGGGAUUGUAAAUGCCCAUAAACCCCAAAGGUUUUCUUCCCCUUUUCUGGGAAUUUCAUAUGACUUGAGAAUUUUGUAUUUUGUGGCAUUCUCCUUCAAGAAGUGCCCUUCAGACACCGAUAAAUUCUUAAUAGACAGGCCGACUGGUCGAAUUCUUUUGUUCUUUUU